GGAUGCAGAUUGGUCGAGGGAAAAAGUCGCAGGGAGAUGAUACUGGUCCUGGGUCGUCAUCGAUAUCUCGAGAUUGCCAUGUCCUCCACUAAAUGUGCACCGCACUCCCCUCUGAUAACGACAUCACAGCCAUCUUCAAUACUCGAAGCCAGUGGUGGAAAAUAUGGCGCGAGACCUUUGGCCUGGCCUGGGGCGAUGAAGAAGACAACACCCUUGAAAAGUUCGCGACUCGCGCCGUUCGCAGUGAAAAUCCAUCUCUACUUGGAAGUCUACUUUUGUGCUUUGCCUUAAGCACCGGUGACCAUGGUCGAUAUCUCGCACCAGUAGAGCGCUGGAUCAUGGCGGAUAACCGCAUCACUGAUCAUGAGUAUGAUUUCCAAUGCCUAAUGGCCCUUGGUCUUUGUUUUCUGAGUGCCCUCCAACCGCGCCGCGCAUGGAUUGUCUAUCGCAAGGCCAACACACUCUUGCAACUAGCUGGGAUACAUAGAUUGCAUCGGAAAUCAGAGUCUCUGGAUACAAUUUUCUGGCAGUUGUUUGGCGAGGACCGUUGGGUGAGUCUGUUGAUCGGAUUGCCGUAUUCUGUUCCAGAUCAUCUUUGCGACUUGUAUAUCCCGCCAAUAGACCAAGCAUCGCCUGUCAGCUUUCAUUACCAGCAUAUGACGGUGUUGACAGGUCGUGUGAUUGACAGUCUGCAGUCCAACACUGGUGUAUCCCUGGCUGCGGUAGUUGGCGUGGAUGAACAGAUUGACAAGAUCACUGCUCAGCUUCCACCAGACUUUUUGGACAUGGCACAGAUAUCGAUAUACCCGGAGGCAAAGGAGAAAAGUGCCCGACUCUACCGUAUUACCCAAAUCCACCAGCUCAAAACAUUCUUAUAUCUACCCUUAUUCCUACAACACUGCGAAGGCGGGUGUCGGAAGUCAGGACAGAGUCAUAGUACACACUACGCUCGAACCGCCUGCACAAGCAGUGCUAGAACCCUUCUCGAGGCAUUUCUAGCUCUCUACGACAUCGACCCCUCCACUGCGAGCGUGGACAACAGCAUGAAGCUAACUAGCUUCUCAGCUCUCUCUGCUGCCGUCGUCCUGUUCUUGAACCUUCUCGCCGAUAGCCAGGCUACGUCUGACGAGCUCGACAAAGCCCUCAUCAGUAGAACUGUCGCCGUGUUCCUGGCGUGCUCGGAAGGCCAACCACGGUCUCUUUGCGGACAGUGUCAUACAGCCCUGGAGGCCUUGGUCUCGUGCAGCCAAAGCCUAGACCGAGGGGCGAGGAGACAGAUUUCCGUGCCGUAUUUUGGUCUGGUGCAGAUUAGUCGUAGGAAUGAUGGCGCUCAAGAACAUAGCAGAGAUGUGAAUCCUGCAUCUGACAGCCGUGUUCCUGAUCAGCCCCAGUCUGAUGAUAACCUCAUUUUAUUACCCACUUUAUCAGACGAUAUGUUCUUUUCAUACAAUGGUCCCUGGGAGAAUCAUGAGCAGGAUUCAUUCUGGUCUGGCCAGGGUAUAGAUGCCGGAAUUGACUGGAUGAACAUGGACUUCUCGAUAUGAGUAUCAUCUGUCUACUAACUG